AUGUCCUCUGAACUCGUCCUCGUCAGCGGAGCAUCCGGCUUCGUCGGAACCGCCGUCACCCUCGCGUUCCUCGAAAAGGGUUUCCGCGUCCGCGGGACCGUCCGCUCGCAGGACAAGGCGGACAAGUGGGAGGCGAAGCACCCGCAGUACAAGGGGAAGAUCGAGUGGGCUAUUGUGAAGGAUAUCGCGGAGAAGGGCGCGUUUGAUGAGGCGAUCAAGGGUGUGACGCUUGUUGCGCACACAGCCUCUCCCUUCCACUACGAUGUCAAGGACAACGAGCGCGAUAUGCUCAUUCCCGCGCUCGAGGGUACCCGGCAGAUCUUGCGCGCGGCGCAGAAGGAGCCGUCCGUCAAGCGCGUCGUCCUGACGUCCUCCUUCGCCUCCGUCCUUGACUUCGACAAGCUCGGCCCCGAGACGACCUUUACCGAGAAGGACUGGAACCCUGCGACAUAUGACUCGGCGAAGAAGGCUGACCAGCCGCCUUACAUCUACUGCGCUUCGAAGAAGAUUGCUGAGGAGGAGGCAUGGAAGAUCGCGAAGGAGCCGGAGACGAAAUGGGACCUUUGCACGGUCUGCCCGCCCAUGGUCCUCGGUCCCAUCUCUCAGCCCGUCGGUUCCCUCGACGCAAUCAACACCAGCGCCGGCGCCGUCUGGGCCGUCGUCGACGCGAAGGAGGUCCCCGAGACGACGUUCCCCGUUUGGGUCGACGUCCGCGACAUCGCCGACAUCCACGUCAAGGGCGUGACGGAGGACAUCGCCAAGGGCAAGCGCUACCUCUGCAUUGCCGGACACUACGACAACACCCAAAUCGCUUCGAUCGCUCGCAAGGCCUUCCCUGACCAAGCGUCCCGCAUCCCCGACGCAAAGCCAUCCGACGGCUCGCCGCACUUCAAGACCGACUCGUCGCUCGUUGAGAAAGAGCUUGGCAUCAAGUGGAUUGGGUUCGAGCAGUGCAUCAAGGAUACGCUUAGCAGUAUCUUUGAGGUCGAGAAGGAGCUCAAGGGGUCGAAGUAG